AGGGGGCAGGCUGGAUCAGGUCGGGCAGGAGCGGGCCGGGGCUCCGAGCAUCAACGAGGGAUAGGUUAGGAGGAAAUUGGGAGUUGGGGUCGGAGCUGUCUGGGGAUGCCGCAGGGGGAGGGUUCUCACGCCGCACGGGGCGGAGCCCCGGGAGUCGGGGCGGGACGUGGAGCAGAGACGGGUGGAACCUCUGAUCUGGUUCCAGUAGAAGGCGGAACUCCGGGGCUGGGGGCGGAGCUAGGAUCGGUGGGGGGCGGAGCCUGGUCUUUGGAGGAGGAGCUGGAACAGGCGGAAGGCGGAGCCUCGGGUGUAGAGACCGAAAGGGACGGAGCUCAGGCGCUGGGGGCGGGCCUUCAGCCGGUGAGUGGCGUGGCUACCGUUCAGGAAAAGGGGUCUGGUUCUGUCGAGGGUGGGGCUCCAGAGGAGGGGGCGGAACUACGUCCUCUAAAGGGUGGGGUCAAGGAGUCAAGCGAAGGGGUAGGCCCAGGUAAUGGCCCGGGGCGUCCACGCGGGGGCGGCCUCCGUGGGGGCCGGGCCUGGGGACGCGGUAGGCCAAGAACACCCCCUGGAGAGGUGGUGUGGGUGGAGCGGGCUCGGCGGCCACCCGACACGGGACCAGUCUGGGUACCCCGCAGGCCCCCGAGGGCUCAGAGCUGGGGCGGCGCCCCUGGCGGAGGCACAGGCCCGGCCUGGGGGGUUCCUCCGGAGGAUCGGAGCUCCCCGGAGCCAUCCAGCGGCGAUGUGUGGGUCCCUCGGGGCAGGCCCCCUGCAGCGGCCGCAGAAGUGUGGGUGUGCUGGGCGGGGGGCAACUGGGUGUGGCGUGAAUGGGGUCGCCCUGUCGAGGCAACUGCUGGACAGCCAGAUAGGGUUUGGACUUUGCGUAAAGGUACGGGUGGGAACUGA